CGCCCUGAAACCAACUUUACCUACCUGAACCUCCCACUAGUUCUACCUUUUAGAACAACCUACCUUAGUCCUACGUCACAAGCGGGCGCGCCUGUGAGCUUCUUCAAUUCUUAGCAGCGCAGCCCUUCCACACAGACAGCACUACGCUCCCACGCCCCGCCUCCACCCUUCACGCCCCGUCAGAGGCAUCCCCUCGCCGACCAGCAACCCCUAGUCAGGCCGAGCAAGCAGCGCCUAGUGCCUAGACGUAGCUUGACUCAGUAGCUCACUCGAAUACCUCUCGCCUGUGUCCGCCUGCAUCAUCGCGUGCCAGGAGGAAUGUCGCUGCCCAGCGACUACACCAACGAGAUCAGCGCGCUCAAUCGCGAAAUCCUCAAGCAUCAGCCGCAGGACACCUUGCAGUUCUGCGCCAACUUCUUCCAGCGUCGCCUGGAGUCGCAGCGCGCCGAAUUCCUACUGUCGCACCGACAUUCCAAGCAGCCGGGAAUGGCGGAGAGCACCUUUCCUGGCUCCAAUCCCUUCACAUCAACCGCCCCAAACCAGCUUGCAGGCUCCGGCGGCGGCAUGCAUUCUCUCGCCGAAGAAGAGGAGCCCGACUUCGCCUCGCCCACCGCAUCCUCCUUUCCGCCCAACGUCCGCGAAGUCUCCCCCAGCACCAGUAGUGACGCCGUUCCACCAUCUGCAAACAGCGGUGCAGGAGGCUCCUUUGGUUCUUUUGGCUUUGGUGCUGCUCGCGAUCCCAAUCAGCCACCACCCGGUGCCAAUGACAGCAUGUCGCAGUCGACAUUCCCCAACAACUAUAACAUGAACCGUCGCACUUCGGUGUCGGCAGAGUCUCUCGCACCAGGUGCGGCAGAAGACAGCGAUUGGAAGGCACCGAGCUAUCCAAAGACCCCGGAUCAACUGGCUCGCCUUCGUGAGGCAGUGUCACACAACUUCCUCUUCAAGAAUCUCGACGAGGACCAGGCCUCGCAAGUGCUCAGCGCCCUCCAGGAGAAGCGCGUGCCAGCGAAGGAUAUCAGAGUCAUCACGCAAGGCGAGUCUGGUGAUUACUUCUACGUCGUGGAGUCUGGAUCGUUUGAUAUCUACAUCUCAGACACCGGCAAAGCAGAGCAAGGUCAACAGGGAUUGGGCACAAAGGUGGCCAGCAGUGGCCCCGGUACAUCUUUUGGUGAGCUUGCUCUCAUGUACAAUGCACCGCGCGCUGCUACAGUCGUGAGCCACGAGCCCAGCGUUCUCUGGCAACUCGACCGCCUCACUUUCCGCAAGAUUCUCAUGGACUCGGCUUUCCAGCGCCGCCGCAUGUACGAGUCGUUUUUGGAGGGUGUGCCUCUCCUCUCGUCACUCACGACAUAUGAGCGAAGCAAAAUCGCCGAUGCGCUCGACACGGUGAAGCACCCCGCAGGGAGCACCAUCAUUCAAGAAGGAGACGCAGGUGACAAGUUCUAUAUUCUCGAAUCAGGCGAGGCAAUUGCGGUGAAGCGUGGGCGUGAGCAACAGCCUCUGAAGAGCUACGAGCCGGGAGACUAUUUUGGAGAACUGGCUUUGCUAGAGGAUAAGCCGCGCGCGGCAAGUGUGAUCAGUACCACGGAAGUGAAGGUCGCAGCACUGGACAAGGACGGCUUCCAGAGACUGCUCGGACCGGUGGAGGCAAUCAUGCGCCGCGAUGAUCCGCGCAAUCAGGAAGAUGUUGGGCUGAGGAGAUAAAAAAACAAGUCCCCCCCCCCAGUUUCUGGCAUUACUACUGUCAUCCUGCAAUCCAGGAGUAUUGCAUCAAUGCAUCCCGCAUUGCAUGAGAUCGGAAUCGGAAACGGAAACAGAAACGGAAUAGGAGAGCAGCAUGCAAUUCGGACUUUCGGAGUGCUUGACAUGGGAGACAAGAGACGAGAAGAGGGCACGGUGUGACGCAAGCUGACAUGCAAAUGCCAAAGGCACGCGACUGCGAGAUAGGGCUGGCGUCUGGCGAGCGGCGGCACCGGAAAGAGGGUGCUAGGGUAUUGGUUUUGUUGCAUUUGUCCAGCACGGGGUCCGAGAAAGGGCUACCUAUGUUUGGUUAUGAGUAGCAAACGCAUAGACAAUGAAAU